AUGUCCGAACCCCGUAGGCCAUAUGAACGGAGAGAUUACGGAGGAUCAAGAGGAGGGAGUCGUGACUGGGGUGGAAGAGGUGGAGCUGGAGGACGAGGAGGUGGUGACAGCUAUGGAAACCGUAAUAGUCUCAAAGGGAAACAACCAGGAGAAAACCUUCGAAAGCCAAAAUGGGACUUGAGCCGCCUACCACCUUUCGAGAAGAAUUUCUACGCACCCGAGCCUAAUUCAUUGAAUAGGCAUCCAAGUGAAGUGGAGAAGAUGCGUGUCCACAUGGAGAUCACAGUGAAAGGCAGGAAUAUCCCAAAUCCAAUUUUAAGCUUCACUGAAAUUGCCUUUCCUCCAAAUGUCCUAGAAGAUUUCAGACAUCAGAAUUUUGAGAAGCCAACUGCUAUCCAGGCUCAAGGCUGGCCUAUUGCAUUGAGUGGUAGAGAUAUGGUUGGGAUUGCAAAGACUGGGUCUGGGAAAACUCUUGCCUACAUCUUGCCCGCUUUUAUCCACAUCAAGAAUCAACCAAGAUUAUUGAGACAUGACGGUCCCAUUGCAUUGGUUCUUGCACCCACACGAGAACUGGCUCAACAAAUUCAGGAAGUCACUGAGCUUUUUGGCAAAUCCUUUGGCAUCAAGAGCACUUGCAUUUUUGGAGGAGCACCUAAAGGACCUCAGAGAAGGGAUCUAGAAGGAGGUGUUGAGGUUGUCAUUGCAACUCCUGGACGACUCAUUGACUUCUUGGAGAUGCGGACGACCAAUUUGAAAAGAUGUACAUAUCUAGUGCUUGAUGAGGCUGAUCGGAUGUUAGAUAUGGGAUUUGAGCCUCAAAUCAGGAAAAUAGUGGAACAAGUCAGACCUGAUCGACAGACUCUCAUGUGGUCUGCAACUUGGCCUAAAGAAGUUCGAAACUUGGCAGAAGACUUUCUGAAAGAAUAUGUUCAAGUGAACAUUGGCUCGCUCUCCCUUGCUGCAAAUCAUAACAUUCUACAGAUUGUAGAUGUUUGUGCACCUUAUGAGAAAGAUGACAAGUUUUUCCGUUUGCUAGAGGAGGUGAUGGCAGAUAAGGAGAACAAGAGUCUUAUCUUUGUGGAGACUAAACGUGGAGCAGAUGAACUCACCCGUCGCAUGAGGCGAGAAGGGUACAAUGCACAUUGCAUUCAUGGAGACAAGUCCCAACCUGAACGAGAUUGGGUGCUGGCUGAAUUUCGCAAUGGGAAGGCACCCAUUCUGGUUGCAACUGAUGUGGCUGCUCGAGGACUUGCUAAAGAAAGACUGUCAAGCAAUCACAAAAGCCAGGCACAGGAACCCUGUCCCUCUAAACAGAUGUGUGGGGGUUCUGGGAUCUGUGUCAUGGCCCUCUGUAAAGGGAAGAAUGACAUUUCAAGCCCUGGUGUCCUGUGGCUCAGGCUUGGCCCUCUGUUCGGCUUUAAGUCUUAUUGCGAGAAUCUCAAUGGGAGGGCUUCGAGCCAUGGCGAUGUGGAAGAUGUGAAGUUUGUCAUCAACUUUGACUUCCCGCAAUGCUCAGAAGACUAUGUUCACCGAAUUGGACGCACGGGCCGCUCUGACAAGACUGGAACUGCAUACACAUUCUUCACAGAUAAGAACAUGAAACAAGCCAAAGACCUCAUUUCUGUGUUGCGGGAAGCCAAUCAAGUGGUCAAUCCCAAGCUGAUUGAGCUGGAUGAAAUGGCAAGGAGCACAUUUUCUAAGCCAGGUCGUGGGCGUUGGAAGGACCGAAAUGAUGAUCGCAGACCGAGAGAUGACGACCGCCGGAAUCAUUCCUUCGACCGUUCAGCAGGCAAGUUUGGUGAUGGUGGUUCUAGAGCCCCCCACGGUCGUGGGGGUGGCAGCUCCUCCAUGAAUGGAGGAGGUGGGGGUCGAUUUGGGGGAUGGGGCCAGUGGGGGAAUCAGCAACAAGAAGGAUCAUGGCAAGGGCAAGGACAACAGCUACCACAACCUGGUGGUGUUAGUGGUGGUGGAAAGUGGAACCAGCCACCACCAUCACAACCACCACAACAGCAACAGCAGCAGCAGCCGCUGCCACCACCUCAGCAGCAACAGGCCCCCUAUGGGGGUCACUGGCUCCGCAAUCAUCCCCCUCCUCCCCCGCCACCCACGACCCCACAACAAGGGGGAAGUUGGAAUCAGCCACCCCCGCAACAACAGGGUGGUUCUUGGAAUCAGCCUAGAGGCGGAGGUGGGGGCCACAAUCAACAAUGGCGGAUGCAAUCCCCUCCUGGACAGAGUCAAGGUCAAGGCCAAGGCCAAGGUCAAUGGGGUGGGAAUUGGCUCAGAAUGCCUCCCCCACCCCCACCCAAUCAUGCUUAGACCUAUGGGUAUGCUGCCUCUGAUACAUUGGAAUCCCUGUUUACAGUGACACUCCUGUGUUUGAGGGCACAUGCUUCUGUUGAUUAUAUUCGGUGACCCCCCCCUGCCUGUCCCAAAAUGACUAAUUCCGUUGUCCUGGUGCCCUGUGCAGAGUUUCUGUCAGUGUAUAUGGGAAAGCACAUGCAAUACCAUGUAGCUUUAAUUAUUCCUCACUGUUUGUGUGAUGUUGCACAGGGAGGAGAGACAGGGGUAACGCUGGCAGCGACAGACAGAGAAGUUUCAGGAGAAGUUCACGUGACAGGGAUCGAUCAAGAUCCAGCACUCCAAGGAGGAUGACCAAAGGUGCUGUCAAUGGUAAUCGGAGAAGAUCCAGUUCAAGAGAGCGGAGUCUCAGCAGCCUCAGCCGAAGUCCUUCAGUCCCGAGAGCUGACUACAGUCGUGGGAGUGGAAGAGGAAGGAAUAGAUCACGGAGCAGCAGCAUGUCACCUGUCCCUCUUCCUAGAGCUAGGAGAAGAUCUCGAAGCAGAAGCAUGUCGCCUGUCCCUCCUGCUGGAACAAGAAAGAGGUCUCAUAGCAGAAGUGUAUCACCUGUCCCUGCAAAAGCUAGAAAGAGAUCUGUGAGCAGGAGUGUGUCACCUAUACCAGCAAAGGCUAGGAAGACAUCUGCCAAAAGAAACCAGUCUCCUAUCUUGAGGCGGAGAGAAUGUAAUGAAUCUGAUGGGACAAAGAAAACUCCCAAAUCAUCUAAGUCAAAAAAGAGUACUGCCAGUACUUCAUCUGAAAAGAAGGUAUCCAAAAAGAGCAAGAAAAAGGAAAAGAAAAAGAAGAAAAAGAGUAAGAAAGGGAAGAAGAAGCAUGAUUCAUCAUCCUCUUCAAGUGAUGAAGAAUGAGCUGCCAGUGUUAUCCCCCCCCUCCUCCUCUUGACUCCUCUUUAUUCUUUGAUCUUUUCUUUCAUUCCACUGUCACAAGUCUGCUCUUAUUGUAUUAUCAGUUGUGUAGAGAAAUCCUGUGUGGUAAUGAAGGG